UUCGCGUGCACGCAAAGAGAGAGGAGGACACCAGGCCGAUCGCGAACGAAACUCUCGGAACCGAAUCGAACUUGGAAUCGAAAACUUCACCCCGCAAAAGAAAGGCCCAAAAGGAAGAAACUCGCGGUGCGCGAUCGUGUUUUUUUGCUGCUGCAGCCUUUCGAGAGUUCGAUUGUCCAUUUCACCUGGGUAAUUUCCUGCAUUUCGCCGUCGUGGCCAGUGCUGGUGGACGUUUCGUGCGAGGCCAUUUCACUUGACUUUUUUUUUUCGUUCGUUCGUUUGCUUCGUCCGCGGAAGCAAAAGAGGGAAAGCACGAUUCGGAGGAAAAAGUUGGUGAAUUUUUUGACAUUUUGUGCGUUGAACCAGUUUGGCAGAGACGGAGAGAGAGAGAGCGAGGAGGAAGGAAAAAGUGUCGCAAAUUAGUGCCGUGUGGAAGAAGUGUCCGGGAAUCGGGAAGUAUCGUCCUUCACGGGAGGACCAGAGGGAAAAAGUUCCGCGUUAGUGCAAUCUUUCCCAAUCAGUCGUAAUAGUCGCGCAAGAGGACGUUCCUCGCGAGGGAAGAAACGGCCCCAAAAUUGGUGACCAGGACCGGGACGUCGCAACGGUGGCGGACGAGGCGAAGCCACUGAUGACGACGGAGCAAAGUGCGGCGGACAAAAUGUCAGAAAAACCCGCUGCCACCGCGGCCGCUGGAUCGGCCCCAGCUGCUGCUGCUGCUGCACCUCCCCCGCCACAGCAGAAGCUGUCCGAGUCGGAUGAUUUCACCGAGGAUUCGGCGGAUAACACCGCAGACGCCGCCCGCGAGGACACAUCGCAGCAGAGCGGCCUCGCGACGGUCGAGUCCGAGUACGACACGGCUUCGGACUCGCCGUCGGACGGCGAAGAAGAGUACGACGAACAGGACGAGGAAAGCGGCGAAAGUGGUGAGAGUGGUGACGAGGAGGAGGAAGAAGAGGAAGAACUGGGCUCGGAGACCGACGGCGGUGGUUCGGACGACGACGUGAUCGAGGUGUUGGACUACGAACGGCAGAGCGGCGAUGGCCAGGAGCAGGAAGCGGACGCCAAGAAGAAGGUCGACGACGACGAAGAUCGGAGCAAUCCGCAGUACAUUCCGAAGAAGGGCACGUUUUACGAGCACGACGACCGGACGCUGGAGGACGAGGAGGACGGGAAGGAGUUGGACGAUGAGAACGCCAAGAAUGAUGAUGCGUCGGUGGGAGGGGGUGGGGGUGGCGGCAGUGGAGAUGGACGGAAGGGAGUGGAGAAGUCGAUGGCUUCGAAGACGAUGAAGAAGUGGCAAGCGUCGGCGGAUCGUUGGACGCACGAUCGGUUCGAUGAGAGCGAGCAGGCUCCGAAGUCGCGGGCGGAACUGGUCUCGGCGUACGGGUACGACAUCCGGAGCGAGGAUGGGCCGCCGAGGGCGCGCAGGAGAAGGCGCUAUGCCCGCGGUCCCAACAAGUACACCCGCAACUGGGAGGAUGAGGACGCGUACUCCAAGUCAAACAACGUGAACGAGCACACGCGCCCGCGCAAGUCUCUUCCGCGGCCGGAGGAAUUCCCCGAGCUGGGCGGUGGCGUCGGCGGCAUGAACAACAGCAGCAACAACAACAGCCUCAACAGCAGUGGCAGCGUUGGCAAGUCCCGCUCGAGCCAGAACAUGCGCCGUGCCAGUCGGCAGUCCCGGUCGUCGAUCGAUGAGCGAUUGGAUGAGCGGACCGGUGGAGGUCGUCCGAGGCCGCCGGCUGAGCGGCGUCGGGUUGAUCACGAUCGUGGUGGCAUGGAGAGAGAUCGUGGAGAGCGGUAUGAUCAACAGAGGGGAGGUCCUGAUAGGAAUUGGGAUCGGGAGAGGGAGUACGAUCAACAGGUGCAGCAGCACGAUGGUCAGUAUCGGGAUGGUCGUAACGACGGAGGUCGGUAUAGUGCGGACAGGAUGGCGAACAACAAUAAUAGCUAUCACAACAAGGAGAACAAGCUGUUGAACCAGAGGAGUAGCAAGGAGAAGGAUCGCCGAGGAAGUGACUACAAGGUGAUCACGUCGCUGCAGUUCAAGAACCAGACCAGGAACAAGACCAACGAGGGUGGUUUGCCGAUGGCUGGUCCGGGAGGUGUGGCCGGAGGCCAGGUCGUGCACAGCAACAGCGGAGGAGCGCUGUCCGGAAGUAGUCAGAGCAACAAGAUGAACAACGCAAUGGUUCCACCAGUGGGUGGAGUUCCGGAGCGAAUGUUGGACCAGCGACCGGUUCAGCAGCAUCACUAUCCGAACCAGCAGCAGCAGCAAGCUCAGUUGAUUCCACAGCAGCCUCCGCCGCAACUUCCCCAGCAGCAGGCCCCGAUCCAGCAGGCUCAACCGCAGCCGCAGCAGAUCCAACAGCAGCAGCUUCAUCAACAGCAGUCGUCCUACGACGAUCACUACGAUUCGUACGGAGAUUCGAAGAUGCCGAAGGAUGCCAAGUUCCCGUACAAUCCACCCGCGAACGCCACCAUCCAGUCGGUCGAAAUUGGUCAAACGGACAUUCCCAAGUACCCGCCGCCGCAGUCGCAGGCGCAACGCCCCAGCAAAGAUCGCCAACAGCCGCUUCCGGCUGGUCUGCCGGCGACCAGCAACGUAGCGGCGCUCAACGCCCGAUCUCAAAUUUCACCCCGCCAGAUCGUUGCGACGCCGCAGCAACAACAGCAAUACCAGCUUCAGCAGGCUCAAUACCAGCAGCAACAGCUGCACGGGCCACCCGCAGGUCAGACGCCUACGCAGGUUCCGCCCCCGCAGCUGACACAGCAGCAGGCGCAGCCUCCUCCGGCACAGCUGCAUCACAUGGGCGCGGUCAAUCCGCAACAGCAGCAGCAGAUGCUCGCCGCUCAGGACAGCAGUUCACGGUCAUCGAAGCGGUACUCCAACCUGCGACAACGGUCAACCCUGGACCAACCUCCAAACGUUGUGGCCGUUCCAUCGCCACUUCACGAACAGCAACAGCAGCAAUUGCUUCACCAACAACAGCAACAGCAGCUGCUUCUCCAGCAAGAACUUCACAACCAGCAGCAGAAGCUGGUCACCUCACAAGCCCCCAAGCCGGGCGUUUACCCACAGCAGCCAACCUUGCCACUGAACCUGCCCAACGAAUAUCUGAGCCAACCGGCGGCCACGAGCAAACCGCAACCAACGAGCCAAGCGCCGCCAGUUCAGUACCAGCACCCGGCAGCGGCAGCCGCAGCUUACUACAACCCCAACACACCUGCCGCGACCGACUUCGGCACCCCCAACGCACCGGUCCCGCAACCGCCAACGGUCGUGAACCAACAAGCACCCAACCCACUUCUCAGCGCGCCCCAAUAUCCGCAAUACUCACAACCCAGCAAUCAGUACAUCCAGGCCCCGCCCCCUGCCGCGUACAUCCCGCAAACAACGGCCGCCCCUCAACCAACCCCGCAACCAGCAACCGCAGCACCCCCUCCCCAAAUCCUGAACUACGUCCCAACCAUCAACCCAACACCCCCCGCCCAAUACCCGGCCGCUCCUUACACCUACACCCAAACCGCGUACAACCCCGUCGUCCCCGUCCCGCAACCCGUUGCCCCGGCCCCGGUCGUCCCCAUCAACCCAUCGCCCUCCGCCGCCACGGCAGCUCUCUACCAAUCCAGCGGCGGCAUCACCUACUACGCGCCCCAAUCCCAAACGCAAGCCCCACGACCACUCCCGUCCCAGCGCCGUCCAACGGCGGCCAUCCCCAUCCUGGCGCCGCCCGAUCGCAAAACGAAAAACAACCGCGCGGACAGCGCCGGCGCAACCGGCCCAGGAGGCUCCUCCAACGAUGGCGACGAGUCGCAGCAGCAACCCGGCAAUAACGCCGCCGACAACAUCGACCACAUCCUGGACAACAUGUUUGUGCAGCGAGCGCCGUACCAGCCGCCGACGGCGGUGACGAGUGCCGCGCGGAAGAGUCCCUCGCCCGGAGCGGACAAGGACGGCGGCAAGGACGGGGAUAAGGAAGCGGUCGACAAGAUGGGCGAGUCGGUGAAGAAUCUCACCAUCCAGGAGGAGAACCGUCCGGCGUUGGACGCCCUGGCCGCCGCCGGAGGCGCCGAAAAGCUAGACCUCGCCGCAACCACCCCGUCCGUGGAUCCGACGGCCGGUUGACGCUUCCCGCUGGGAUCCUCAUCCAGUGGGCUGGUCUGAAGGGCGCGCGCGCGUCGUCAUCAUAUCCUGCAUGUGCACGCGCACUCUGCUUGUUUGAACCGUGUGUCCCCGAUGUUAGAAGUAUAUAUUCUCUCCCUCCCAGUUUUCCAGCUCUGACGCACGUGUACGCAGUUUGACAAACACAUACACACACCUACACACUAUGAUUGUUAUUACUCUAUAUGCCGUUUUAUCUUUAACAAUAGUCGCAAUGAAUUCGCAAAAAACAAGGGUUUUGGGAAAUUUUGAAAUUCAGAAUUUGGCAUUGAAUGUGAUUUUUGAAAAGAACUUGUACUUUGAGAAAUAAAGUAUGCCAAUUGAACUAAACCGUCGUACUUGAGUAGCAAA